AUGGACGGGCUGGAUCAUGUGCAAAAAUCUUCUGGCAAAACAUUGUUCAAUCUGAGCUGCAGCCAUUUGAACCUUACUGAAAAGGAAUACUUUGGACUGGAGUUCUGGAAUCCUGCAGGGCAUACAGCAUGGCUGGAACUUCUCAAACCCAUAACAAAGCAGAUUAAAAAUCCUAAGGAGAUUCUUUUCAAAUUUAUGGUGAAAUUUUUCCCAGUGGAUCCGGGCCAUCUCAGAGAAGAGCUGACAAGAUACCUUUUCACUCUCCAAGUCAAGAAGGAUCUAGCCUGUGGAAGACUGGCAUGCAGCGAUAACAGUUCAGCUUUGAUGGUGUCACAUCUUUUGCAGUCUGCACUGGGGGACUUUCACGAAGAAAUGGAUCGAAAACACCUGGAGGCACACAAAUACUUACCAAACCAAGAGCAUCUGGAGAACAAAAUCAUGCUUUAUCACAAGAAACACAUAGGGAAAACUCCAGCAGAAUCUGAUGUGCACCUUUUGGACAUAGCCAGGAAACUAGACAUGUUUGGGAUCAAGCCCCACCCAGCCAGUGAUGGGGAAGGCACCCAGAUUAAUUUGUCUGUCACACACAUGGGAGUGCUGGUUUUACGGGGGAAUACAAAAAUCAACACAUUCAACUGGGCCAAAAUUCGCAAGCUGAGUUUCAAGCGGAAGCAUUUCCUUAUCAAGCUGCAUGCCAAUGUCUCGGCUUUGUGCAAGGAUACGCUCGAGUUCACCAUGGCCAGCCGUGACGCCUGCAAAGCCUUCUGGAAGAUGUGCGUCGAGUACCAUGCGUUCUUCCGCCUCUCCGAAGAGCCCAAGUCAAAGCCCAAAGCCUUUCUGUGCAGCAAGGGCUCUAGUUUCCGAUUCAGUGGAAGAACACAAAGGCAGCUGCUGGAAAAUGGGACAAAGAGGAAACUGAAGAGCUUGCCAUUUGAGAGAAAACACUAUCCCUCUCGAUAUCAUGAAAGGCAGUGUCGCUCAUCACCAGAUCUUCUUACAGAUGUUUCCAAACAAAUGGAGGACUUGCGGCUGGUUUAUGGCACCAUAGGGGGCUAUCACAAUGCCAAUGGAGUCCACACAUCUGAGCCUAUGCUAGACAGCAGGCGCCGGAACUCUGCAGUGGAAGUGACUUUCACUGCUGAAUUAGAGCGGUCCAAACCCGAAGCAGAUCCCACGCUGCUGCACCAUUCCCAAAGCAGCUCUGCCUUCCCACUGAUUUACACUGAACCAGAGCAUGAUUGGGAGCCGGCUGACAUCUAUGAGCAAAGGAUUCCACUGACCUCCUUCCAGCCAGACUACAAGUUUGUUGGGAACAACAAGAGCACAUCUGUUGGCAACAUGAGAGAAGUGACUCCUAGGCAGUUGACUUACACAGAUGUGCCCUAUGUGGCUCCUUUCAACCAACAACUAGAUGCAGGUCCUCCCCAAGUCUUCUUCUAUGUGGACAGGCCACCCCAAUUUGUGAGGCACACAGCCACGGGCUCUGCUGAGGAAACAGCCAGAGGAGAGAACAUCCCUGUUAUGGCAUCUAUGAAGCCUUCAAGGAGAAGCUCAGACAUGGCACGAACAAGGGCAUGUGAGCCAGAGGUUCCACCCAGAAGUAGCUACUUUACCAGCAUUAGCAUGGAGCAGGAAGACGAUGAGAGCAGUGUUUUUGACUAUGGCAGCCAGGAGCAGCUUCCCAAAAGAUCCUGGAGUCAAUCUGAUAUGAAAACUAUCCGAUUCCCCUAUGGCUCAGAGUUCCGACCUCUAGGGCCAUGUCCCGUCUUGAGUAGCAGGAAGACUGACAUUCUACAAUAUGUGCUGGCCCAGCAAAGGUUUCCAGAAGCUCCCAGGGUCCAGCGCACACCUGAACGCUAUGUGGGUAGUGGGACGGAGUCCAGUGACUCUGAUUCUGACCUCAUGCCAGACUACUAUUCUCUCUACGGUAGAGUGGUCAAAGCACCCAGGACAAGGGUCCGUCUUUCUUCUGGAAGCCUCCAGCUUGAGGAGGAAGAGGAGGAUGAAGAGAUUUGCCUUGCUACUGCCAGCAUUGAGGACAGGACUUCACUGGGAGCAUCCAGUUACUACACUUAA